AUGCCGAAUAUUGCCAAACCACGCACCAAGACUUUUACUGGAUGUUGGACAUGUCGAGAUCGCCGAGUGAAGUGUGACGAUGAACACCCGCAUUGUCGCCGGUGCCGACGGAGUGGUUGGGUAUGCAAGGGGUAUGGCCUACGCCUAGGAUGGGACCCAAGUGCCGGCCGCUCACACCGACGCCAAUUGUGGUCCCUGGCCCCAGAUGGGGGCCACGGGUUAUCUUCUAGCGCUGUCUCUGCACUUUUGGCCGAACUAGAUGGUUGUUCGGGGGACGAUGCUCAGCAAAGAGGCCCUUUUUCGGUUUUCUCGGUCUUGUCGGGCCCCCGGCCAGAUUUGACAGGCCACCUUGAGCAGCCUUCUUCGCCGGAUAUAAUCCUAACGCAGGGAUUGGAAGAAUCACACCAAGAUUCCCCAGCUUAUCAUGUUGCUUCAUCAGUCGGGGAUAAGGACAGCGAACUGUCUUCAACAUGCACUACCGCAACAUCGGCCGAUGACCCGGGUGAAGAGUUCGGGGUAAAAUCCCUGGAAAUGUCAAACCUGGCAAAAGACCAGAAUAUCGCAUUACGCAGCGAUGUGAACAGCCACCAGCAGACAGGAAACAAGAGGCUUGGCGAACAGGGAGUGUCUACACGAAGUCCUCAAACCAUUGGGAUCGACAUCUCCCUUUGUAACUACAUCAAUCCCAUUUUUCUCCCCAGACCGGAAACCGAGCUGGUCCACCAUUGGGUAGUAUUUCUGAGCGGAAAUAUGCUCCUCAUCGACACCCCUGACAACCCGUGUCGAACGGUGUUCAUGCCCUUGGCGCUGAAAGGUCUGGACGCUUCUCCCAAUGAAUCAAACAUUCACCUGUCAGUCCUCCACGCCAUCUGUGCUGCCUCCGCAUUCAGUCUCUUUCAUCUCCGUCGCGAUCCUCGAUAUCAAUCCAUCGCAAUGCAUCAUGACCAGUUAGCACUGCGACACUUACGAGGAACUCUUCAGCUGGCGCGUUGCCUUGACGAGUCCAUCCUGGCAGCGGUUUUGACAUGCAUCACCGCAGAGGCAAUGUCAGGACGUCGUAGCAGGUGGAGAGCACAUGUCGCCGGAUGUCUUGGUCUUUUGGAAAACCAGGCUCACGGCGAUUGGAUCAGAAACCCCACGGCCUCAAGGCUCUUGCAAAGUUAUCUAUCUCUUUCAUCACUGUGCAGUCUCCGUGUGUCCGAGCGGUUGAUGUCGCUGCUCAAUGGACCAUCGGAAUUGAGACAUUAUCUCGAGCGGUCCCAUGGAAUUACCACGCAAUUGGUACAGCUCCUCGCACAAAUCACCGCUCUCGCCGAGACGCAUCCGCAACUAUCUACCGAGGAGCUUGAUCGGCUCGAGCUACAGCUUUAUUUGAACUUCCCGGCUCUGUCCAAUCCAGACGCACAUGGGUCAAUCAUUGUGCAGCAUGCCCUUAACUCUUUCUACUAUGCUACGAUUGUGUACUUCCGUCGCAACCUGCGACAUGCAUCAUUAUUUGAUGUUCAGGAUCUUAUUGAGAAAGCUAUUAACGAGCUUGAAUCUGUUGAUGCACUAACCCGUGAAAAAGGCGGGUGCUCCUACAACUGGGCCAGCUUUGUUGUUGCGGCGGACUGCGAGCGACCCGAUCUUCAAGAUCGUAUGUUAGCAUUCUUUGAUCGGAAAAGCCGUCAUGGGAUUCAAAAUAUCAAUGUACUCUGCGAAAUUGUACAAGCUCUCUGGAACCGAAGGGCGGCGGCUGGGCCGCAUGUCGAUAUACAAUGGCAAGAGAUUGCAAGGGAAGCUGACUUCGACAUCAUGUUGGUUUGA